GGACGAAGAAGAGGUAGUAGGUCUCUUUGGAUUUCGGUUUUCGACCUAGAAUAACCAUGCCUGUUCCAGAUGUUAUGUUCUGUGCGCAGCAGAUUCAUGUUCCUCCUGAACUGCCAGAUAUUAUGAAACAAUUUACCAAGGCUGCUAUCAGGACCCAACCACGUGAUGUUCUCCAGUGGUCUUAUGGGUAUUUCUAUGCUAUGGCAAAUGGAGAACCUCUCCCGGUGAAGGAACGUGUUGAAAUGCCAGUAGCCACACAGAAAAAUGACACUGGUCUGACACAAGGACUCCUUAAAAUUUUGCAUAAACAGCUCUCUGAAAAGGGAACUGUGGGUUUACCAGAACUUCAGAAGAAAUGGAAAAACUUGUGCUUGCCAAUGGAACAGCUGCGCAACCUUCUUCAACUGGACAACUUUGUAGAUGGAGUAGAAUGGAUGAAGUUUUUUUCUCUUGCUUGUAGUGCUCUUGGUGGGUCCUUGCACAGUUCCAUGAAACAUGCCUGUGAGAUUCUAACAAACGAUCCAGAGGGUGGAGCAGCCCGCAUUCCAUAUGACACAUUUGCAUUUAUCUAUUCCUACUUGGCUAGCUUAGAUGAGGAAAUAGCAGGGGAAGCAUUGGAGUCUUUUCUCAACGCUCUUAAAGAGCAAGUGGCACAUAAAGAAUACAUGGUUGGAAUUGCAGAUUUCAGCACUGUAAAAAAGACGGCUUAAAACAAGAAAGAGGACACAUUUUUAGUAUAUAGAUGAACUUAAUGUGAAAUAACAUUGUACACUAUAAAAUACAGGGUUUUCAUACCACCUGCAGUGUGCUUUAAUAUUUAUGAAAUGCUAAUAAGAAAUUACUAAGUAAUGCCCCUAACAUUUCAUUACCUAAUGUCAGAACUGCUUUGUGAGACAUUGCUAACAUUUCAGAGAGGAGCAUCCAGAGCAGAUGAUCAAAUGAGUAAUCAAUAAACUAUCAAUUGGUGGAAACUUGAAACUGUUUAUUUGUUCAUAUGUAUGUAUUAAUGCAUAUAGUGCAAUGAACAGCUAUCAGGUCUUGCAGUGUAAAUAUUAUAGUACUCUUGUCUAGUAAUUAGCUGCUAGAUUGCUCAUUGUGGGACGUGCAUGCACCAGUGUUUUCUGCAUGGUUCCCAUGGUUGGAUGCUACAUCCAGCACUCUGAGUUAUACACUUGAGCUACUGAAUUGUGAUCAUGAGCACAACAUCAAACAGACUGUCAAUAUAGUCAUGUUUGAGAGCACAAUUCACCUGUUUGAAAUCUGUUGUCAAAGCUGAUUGUGCUAGCCAGUUGGCAAAAGAAAAGCAAAAUUUCCAGAAAUUUUGAGACCAUGGAAAUAAAACGAGUUGGAAACAUUGGAAAUUUU